UCCUCCUGGUGCGGACAGCUCUGCUGGAGGGUGCAGGAUCUACUCAGAUGUCUCAGAGGAGCGUGGCCCCAUGCUGGACCCAGAGGCUUCACCUGCCCCCAAAGGCGAUGUCCAACACGGGGCUGAGCCGGAGCGCGGCCACAAGAUAACCCUUGUGGAGAAGCUGCAGGGACCUGAUGAAGAGGCGGUGGUCGACAAGGGAGGAACGAGCAAUGUUGUCAAUAUCCACUAUGAGAAGGAGGAGCUGGAAGGUCACCGGACGCUGUAUGUGGGCGUGCAGAUGCCCCUGAUGAGGCAGAGCCACCGGCACCACCGGCCCCGCAGCCAGAAGCAUCGGAAGCGUGAGCGGGCAAAGGAGGCAGCCCCAGAAGAGCAGGGCUAUCACUACACGCCGUCUCAGCGGGUGCAGUUCAUCCUCAGCACUGAGGAGGACGAGCAGCACGUCCCUCAUGACCUGUUCACUGAACUGGACGAGAUCCACGUGAAAGAGGGCGAAGGCACAGAAUGGAAGGAGACAGCAAGGUGGCUGAAGUUUGAGGAGGAUGUGGAAGACGGCGGCGAGCGCUGGAGCAAGCCCUAUGUGGCCACACUUUCCUUGCACAGCCUCUUCGAGCUAAGAAACUGCAUCAUCAAAGGCACAGUGCUGCUGGACAUGUGUGCCAACAGCACUGAGGAGAUCGCAGAUAUGAUCCUGGACCAGCAGAACCACUCCACUGUGUUUGAUGAGAGCAUGCGGGAGAAGGUCCGGGAGGUCCUUCUGAAGAAGCAUCACCACCAGAAUGAGAAGAAGAGAAACAACCUCCUCCCCAUCGUCCUCUCCUUUGCUGACAAGCCAGUCCAAACGCUCAUCCCCCAUCCUCCUCCCACCACUGUAGAAGCUAAAAAUGUGGUGAGCCACGACAGCAGCCCCAUGGAUUUAAGCAAGGCAGAGCUGCACUUCAUGAAGAAAAUUCCCACUGGGGCUGAAGCAGCAAACGUGCUGGUGGGAGAGCUGGAUUUCCUUCAGCAGCCCAUCGUGGCCUUUGCCCGCCUCACCCCAGCCGUUCUCCUCUCGGGCAUGACAGAAGUCCCCAUCCCAACCAGGUUUCUGUUUGUGUUGUUGGGACCAGAAGGAAAAGCCCAUCAGUACCACGAGAUCGGCAGGUCCAUGGCCACUCUCAUGACCGAUGAGGUUUUCCACGAUGUUGCCUACAAAGCCAAGAAUCGGGCCGACCUGGUGGCUGGCAUCGAUGAGUUCCUGGACCAAGUCACAGUGCUGCCGCCAGGAGAGUGGGACCCAUCGAUCCGCAUCGAGCCCCCCAAAAACGUCCCUUCGCAGAAAAAAAGGAAGAUGCCGGGAGCUCUGGAUGACAAUGCUUCUCAUAGAAAGCCUGAAAAACACAGUGGCCCUGAACUGGAGCGGACGGGAAGGCUCUUUGGAGGUUUGAUCCUGGACAUUAAGCGGAAAGUACCGUGGUUCUGGAGCGACUUUCGGGAUGCGCUGAGUCUGCAGUGCCUGGCAUCCUUCCUCUUCCUCUACUGCGCCUGCAUGUCCCCUGUCAUCACCUUUGGGGGGCUUCUGGGAGAGGCAACUGAUGGCUACAUAAGCGCCAUGGAGUCGCUGCUGGGUGCAUCCAUGACCGGCGUUGUCUACUCCCUCUUCGCUGGCCAACCUCUCACCAUCCUUGGCAGCACCGGCCCUGUCCUCGUGUUUGAGAAGAUCCUCUACAAGUUCUGCAAGGACUACGCGCUCUCCUACCUAUCCCUGCGGACGUGCAUCGGGCUGUGGACUGCCUUCCUCUGCAUGGUGCUUGUGGCCACGGACGCCAGCUGCCUGGUGUGCUACAUCACCCGCUUCACUGAGGAAGCCUUCGCUGCCCUCAUCUGCAUCAUCUUCAUCUACGAGGCUCUGGAGAAGCUCAUCUGCCUGGGAGAGACCUACCCAGUGCACAUGCACAGCCAGCUCGACCUCCUCACCCUCUACUACUGUAAAUGUGAGGCCCCGACCCAUCCCACCAACGAAACGCUGCACUUUUGGCAGAGCAAUGAUAUCAACCCUACAGCCAUCACCUGGGAAAACCUCACCGUGUCCGAAUGUCGACUUUUGCACGGAGAAUUUCAUGGACCUGCCUGUGGACACGAUGGCCCUUACACACCCAAUGUCCUCUUCUGGUCCUGCAUCCUCUUCUUCUCCACCUUUGUCCUCUCGAGCUCACUGAAGACGUUUAAAACGAGCCGCUACUUCCCAACCAGAGUCCGGUCUACGAUAAGUGACUUUGCUGUUUUCCUCACCAUUGUUAUCAUGGUGGUCAUUGACUUCCUCAUCGGGAUCCCAUCACCGAAGCUCCACGUCCCCAAUAUGUUCAAGCCCACCAGGGAUGACCGUGGGUGGCUCAUGAACCCCAUAGGACCCAACCCGUGGUGGACGGUGUUGGCUGCGCUCAUCCCAGCUCUGCUCUGCACCAUCCUGAUAUUCAUGGACCAGCAGAUCACCGCCGUCAUCGUGAACAGGAAGGAGCACAGGCUGAAGAAGGGAUGUGGGUACCACCUGGACCUCUUCAUGGUGGCCGUGAUGCUCGGGGUGUGCUCGGUGAUGGGGCUGCCCUGGUUCGUGGCUGCAACUGUCCUCUCCAUCACCCACGUGAACAGCCUCAAGCUGGAGUCAGGCUGCUCAGCGCCGGGAGAACAACCCAGAUUUUUGGGGAUACGAGAGCAGAGGGUCACAGGACUGAUGAUCUUUGUGCUCAUGGGCUGCUCCGUCUUCUUGACUGCUGUGUUAAAGUUUAUACCAAUGCCUGUGCUGUACGGUGUCUUUCUCUACAUGGGUGUAUCGUCGCUCAGAGGAAUCCAGUUCUUCGACCGCCUGAAGUUGUUUGGGAUGCCGGCCAAGCACCAGCCCGACUUCAUCUACCUGCGACACGUGCCACUGCGCAAAGUGCACCUCUUCACCCUGGUGCAGCUCACCUGCCUCGUGCUGCUCUGGGUCAUCAAGGCAUCCCGCGCGGCCAUCGUCUUCCCCAUGAUGGUUUUGGCUAUCGUUUUUGUCCGGAAAGUCCUGGAUUUCUGCUUCUCAAAGCGAGAGCUCAGCUGGCUGGAUGACCUCAUGCCAGAAAGCAAGAAGAAAAGGUUGGAUGAUGCCAAAAAUGAAGCCAAAGAAGAAGAGGAGUCUCAGCAGAUGAUGGAAGCUGCUGCUGCAAACUCAGUCCAGCUGAGCCUGGGGAAGACGAGCUACGUGGGUGUCCCCAAGCAGAACAACAGUGACAGGACUGACCCUUCUGAGAUCAACAUCUCAGAUGAAAUGUCAAAGACAACUGUGUGGAAGGCUCUCACCAUGAAUGCAGAAAAACUCUGAGUCUGAGCAGGGAAAAGCUGUCCUCUUUAGGGGUCUUGGCUUUGAAGGAGAGGAGCGAGAACGUGACUCAGGGAUGAGCCAGCGCAGCUAUGUUGGGUGGAGGAAGCGAGCACGCACCCUCCCUGGUUCUCUCCUCCAAGUAGCAGGACUCCCAUUAAAGCCAUUCAAGAUGUUUCCAGUUAUCCUUGGUGUGCUUCAGGCAUUCAGUAUCUCUAGACCAGCAAUCUGAGGUGCACCUCGCUGUCAGUGGGAGCUCGGUGUCGCUCAGCCUCCGUGUGUACGUGCGUGUGUGUGUGUUGUCGCAGUCUGUGGUGGUAGAGGGACAGCUACCGCUUGGUCAUUCAGUGCUAUCUAGUUUUUUUUUAAUCUCUAAUCUCCCCUCAUUUCCCUUUUUCUGUCCAAAUAUAAACUCUGAAUGUACAAAAUUUUCUGUUAUAUUUGAUGCAUUCUCCACUUUCUUCUUCGUCACUGCCAGAUUUUUGGUUUGGUUCGGGGUCCUUGCUUAGAUUUGCUCUUCACUUCUAUCUCUUACUGGUGUGGGAGAGAUGUCCUUUGUAGUGGGAAGUGCAGAGAGAAAGGAGAAGUGUUUGUUCCAGUUUUGCCAUCAUUUUUUUUGCAUCAACUCCAGAAUCAGCUUGAAGGCUGUGGUGCCCAUCCAGCAGGUGCCCAUGGCAGGGGUUGGAAGUAGAUGGUCUUUAAGUACUCUUCCAACCCAACAAUCCUAUGGUUCUAUGAUCUUUGAGGUCCCUUCCAACCCAACCGUUCUGAGGUUCUAUGGCUUUUAAGGACUCUUCCAACCCAAACCAUUCUAUGGUGCUUGGAUGCUAAAAGGCAGAAAUGCCGCUUUUUUGUCCCUGGCUGUAAGUUGAUGUAAGGAAACUCUUAAAACCCACUGCUUUGAAUAAAUGAUAUGGUCACAGGAGCAGCCAGCCCCAUCCAUUGCUUUCCUUGCUUUUACAUCCCCAGGAUAUUCUGCUCAUUUUUCUUUGCGCCCCAUACAAAGAGCCUUCUCCCUCUCAGGGUGGCAUGGACCAGCAGGAAAAUAAACAAUCUUCAAGGUCCCUUCCAACCCAACCAUUCUGUGGUUCUAUGGAAGCAGAAAGAGGUUUUUUCCAUUUUGCUUUCCCUACUGCCCUUUAGGAAGAUGCUGUUGAGCAGAGAUGGUACCCAUGUGCUCCUCAGAUUUUGGGAGCCAUUGGGCUGUGGUCUCACCCCAGAGACGGAAUCUCUUGUGUGGCCACAGAGUCUGGGAGGAAAGGGAACCCAGAAAGAAUCCCAGUGGUUUGCAUCCAUGCAAAGUGGCUCCAGGCUCUUGGAGCUGCUGCCAUCGCCUCAUCCCAUUUGCUGCCCCAUCCACUGGUCCGACCUUUCCAUGCAUCAGACAAACCCAGAACGCUAAUAAAUGGGUGGGAGAAAACAAUCCUCUGUAAGGAUGUCGGUAGUGCAUCAGCAAACAGGGCAGAAAACCACGUAGUUGUAUUUGCAAACCACGCUUUGGUGGCUGGUGGUUGUCAGUGAAAGAGAAAGGAGUUUAGCUCUUACAGGGGAAAAUAGAAUAGAGUUGGAGGAAGGAAGAGAGCUUGGGUUUUCUCAUCGCAUGAGAACAGUGCAGACCCGACCAUGGAAUUAUUCACCCUCUGGCUGCAGGACAGCUGCUUUCUGUCUGUUUGCCUCUAUUUAUGAGCAGAAAGUCGGUCCCUACUCCAGUCCCCCCCAGCAGGAACUGGGAUCAGAGGGUGGGAUUGUUUUCUGCAUGCACUCAGCAUCCCACAGCUGACAUCGCUCCCUUGGAGGACCAGGAAAGUCCCAACCCUGAAGGCAAAUGUUGUUGGUUGCUCUGGCGUAGGAUGCAUGAACAUCCAGAUGUCAAACUAUUUUUUCCCCUGUUUGCAGGCCUAGUCUUUUCUCUUUCAUUUUAUUUUUAAGUUAUUACUAAAAAGGAAGCAGAGUUCUCAUUCAUAAUGCAAUUAUUGCAAUUGCAGCUGCAGAUCCUGGUGCUGCUGCUGCCUCUCCAUUUACUCACCACCAACGCACAGAUUGCUCUGUAUGAGCAGGCAUGUUGGGGCUGGGUUGCAGUUGAUGAUCUUAGAGCUCUUUUCCAACCUUAAUGAUUCCACGCUUUUGGGAGGAUUUAACACACCCAUGUAGAGGGCAGGGAGCACCCUCCCAAAGGUAUCCCUGGAAUCAGUGUGGGAUUAAUGUCACUUCCUUGCAACGCACAAUGAUGGUUCGGUUGGCAGCAAACUCCAUUCCCCCAACGCAGGAUGGGUGCUGGGUGUCAUCCUCAUCUCUGGUGCCUUAAAACAGCUCCUGGGGCCAUGCACAAGGGCGGCUUUGUUACAGUAGGGGGAUUUGAAAGCACUGGGGGUGUGAGGAGGAGGAGGAGGAGGAGGAGGAAGGCUUACUACCAGCGAUGCAAAAAGCAAAGCUCCCCUCUCCCAUAGGAUAAAAAAAAAAGAAUUCCAAAUGAAUCCUAUGGAGAGCCCUAAGAGAAGAAGGGUGGGAGGAAAGUAAAAGGGUAAUAAGUUUGGUGCUGACACUUCUGUUUUCUUCUCCCAGUAUAUUCUCCCUUCUUCCACGCUACAUGUAGAAAUAGAGAAAUUAUUUUUGUUCCAGAGAUACUGAAUUUAUUUUUGUUGCAAGAGAUGAUCUAGUUUGGAAAUGCUCGGUGUUGUAAAUAAAACAAGGAGGAAAAGAAAACAUCCGACCAAAUCUGUGUUGUUUCCCAGCUCCAAAUUUUAAUUUAUAUUUUUUAAAAUAAUUUAUUUAGGGCUCAUUCUGUGAAACCUGAAUACCGUCACUCUCUGUCACUGUCUCGUGGUUCCCAUCUUGAACUGUUGCUGCUAUUGACAUGUUCCACCAUCCCAGCCCCAUCUGCUGUGGGUUUUCUCUGUCGUUCACUGACCACGAUGGGAAAGCAACCCAAUAAAAUCUGUUUGUCUCGCUGAGCUGCUGCAGU